AACAUUUUGACCGUUUCAAUAUGUUCUUUGUUCCGUUAUAAGUACUUGCUAACGGGGCUUUCUAUAAUAUUGAUCAGCAAAUAUUUUUGAUAUUCUUCACGAAAACACAGAAAGCUGCAAGCAAAACAAUGAACAAAUUGGUUGUAAUAUUCUUCCUGGGGGUUAUCACGAUCGUAUUCGCUGAAUCGUCGUUAAAAAGAGAUAAGGACACCUUAAUUAAAGCUUUAAAGGAAAAAUUCAACCAGUAUAAGAAGGAAAAGUUAUCUGAGAGCAAGAAAACAGAUGAUCUUCCUCCUCCAGCUCCUGCAACCUCGGAACAAAAACAGCACGAUAAAGCUGCUGGUGCAAUUGGGUUAGCCUUAUUAGACGUAUCCGCCAAGCCAAAAGCAAAAGAAGAAAAGAAAACAGAUAAAACCACAGAAAAUAACGAAGAUGAUGAUGAGAUGCCGGAAGAUAAUAAUGUAGACAGUAUUAACGUUGAAUUGUCGAAUAAAAAACAAGAUAAAAGUGAGCUGAAGCCAAAGCAAGAUGAUAAAGGGAAGCUCGUGGCGGGAGACUCAAAGGAAACAGAAAACAAGAAGAAGGAACAGGAAGAUAUCAAAGAUGAAGAUGAAGGAAACAAGGAUGAAAGUAAUGAUAGAAAAGAAAGCGAGAAAGAAGAUGAAGCUGAGGAUGAAGAUGAAGGUAAAGACGGUGACGAUGGGGCAGACGUUGAUACUGAUAAGGAAAGUGAAACCAGCAAAGAUUCAGGUAAAGACACCAGGAAAAAAGUAAAGAAUACAGCUGAAGAAAUAAAAGAAACUGCAAAACAACUCAAAGAUAAAGAUCUUAAAGCAGUCAAUGUUGGACAGUUGAAGAAAUUGUUACAAACAAGUGUAGAAAAUCUAGACAAAGCUGGCAGAGCCAUCCAAAAUCUACUUCAAUAUGAUCAGCGAAAAAGGUUGCACAGCAGGAACAGGCAAGGAACACCACAACCAUACCGAGGCUACCCCCAGCAGGGCUAUGGAGGAUACCCCCAACAACAACCAUCCCCAUAUCAAGCAACCGGUCAAUGUUCCGGUCAAUGUAGCAACCUUUGUGCUCCGGCAUGCAGAGACCCAUGCUGUCGUUUCCCUCCAAGUUUGGGCGGAUAUAAUUCACCUCCCGUCCAAGCUCGUGGUUCCUACCAACAAGGCUUGGUUAACGCUUACCCGCCAAAUACUCAACUUGGUGGCGGUCAAGCGAACUAUCAACCUCAAAUGCAAGUUGGUGGCCAGCAGUGUGGUGCGCAAUGCUCGGCCCAGUCUUGCGCGCCGUCGUGCAGUCCGUCAUGCUGUGCGCAAAGAGGUCAAAUCGUACCUCCUGGUCAAGCUAAUGCUGGAUGUCCCAUGUCUUGUUUGAGUAAUUGUUCGGCAGCUUGUCACGCUCGUUGUUGUGUGCCUGGGAAGAAAAAAUGAAUGAAAAAAGAUUAACAGAAAUAUUCAAAACCAUACAUGAAUCUUCUACCGAAAGAAAUACCUUGCGGGUUACCUACUCUCACAAGGAAAUUUGUGGUUUAUGUUAGCCUCAUAGGUAUAAAAUUGUAGAGUAGGACUAGAAGGCAAUCAUAUAUAUGUUGUAAAAAUGUGUGGAAAG